GUUCGUUUGACAGUUGGACCGCCACCGACACCGACUAAACACUUCCACUAACUCCGUCGCCGAUAAUAUAUAAUCACAUUUAAUAAUAAUACAAAAUAAUAAUAUUAUCUCCAUUCCGUCGGCAACCGGUGCCGGAGUAUCGUCAGCCAUCCGUCCGUGAUCGGUUUAAUAUAUAUAAUAUUAUAUUAUUAUCUUGUCCGCAGUGUUGUUAUUGUUGUUGGUACUUAAACCGCCGUUAUUUUCCGAGAGAAGCGGUCUCUCUUAGCUGUUGUUAUGGACGAGACGGCGCCGAGAAUGAUAGCAACGAAAGCUGAUGUUUCAGUGUUGUCUGCGACUUUCGUAUAGACUCAACAGAAAAAAAAACAACCGUCGACUUUGAACUUUAAUCUACCUAAAGUCACGUCUAGUGGUGCACAUAGCUAUAUAGAUUUGUUUCGCCAUCAUGAAGUACAACGUCGAUGCGGCCGGCCAGAUGAAAAACGCAAUUUUGACAAUGGUGUUUUUUGCCUGUUCCGCUGUACUGUGUUAUGAUUACGACGAGGUGUUGCGGUUGUCGCUCAUGUUUUACGAGGCCCAGAGGUCGGGUCACUUGCCGGCCGACAACCGCAUAGCAUGGCGUGACGAUUCAGCCACCUCAGACCGCGGGCAGGACGGCGAAGACCUGUCGGGCGGGUACUACGACGCCGGAGACUAUGUCAAGUUCGGAUUUACAAUGGCGGGUACGACGACGAUUUUGGCGUGGGGUUGUUUAUCGUACAAAGACGCAUACGAAGAAGCAAAUGAAUGGGAACACAUGUUAAGUGCCCUCCGAUGGGCGGCCGAAUACUUCAUUAAAUGCCAUGUCAGCGAAUACGAAUUUUACGGACAAGUGGGUGACUUCACUUUGGACCACAAGUUCUGGGGCCGACCCGAAGACAUGAACAUGUCCAGGCCGGCUUACAAAAUCGACAAAGCCCAUCCGGGAUCCGAUUUAGCCGGCGAAACGUCUGCAGCAUUGUCAGCCGUGUCCAUGGUAUUCGCCGACGUCGACGCAAACUUCUCGGCCGAAUGUCUUACACACGCUAAGCAGUUGUACAAGUUCGGCACUCAGCACAGGGGAUUGUACCACGACGCUAUCAAGGGGGCGUCGCAGUACUACGAAUCGACGGAUUACGGGGACGAGUUGACAUGGGCGGCUGCGUGGCUAUUCAAGGCCACCAAGGAACCGCAAUACUUGGAAGACGCCGAAUACCUAUACGUCAAGUACAGGCUAAAAGGCCGUCCCAACGAAUUUUUCUUCAAUAAAAAAUCCGCUGGCGCCCAAUUGCUGCUAGCCGAGCUGACUAAUCAACAAGAGUACAUCGAGUCGGUUCAAAACUUCUGUGACUUCAACGUGUACACCCAGAAGAAAACGCCGAAAGGGUUAUUGUACAUUGAUAAAUCCGGAACGUUGUGUCACGCUUCGAACAUAGUUUUCUUAUGCCUACAAGCAGCUGACAACGGUGUGGGACCCGCACGUUACAAAGAAUUCGCUAAAGAACAAAUCCAUUACAUGCUAGGAGACGGAGGUCGAAGCUACGUUGUAGGUUUUGGCGAAAAUUAUCCCACGCAGCCUUACCACGCAGCCAGUUCGUGUCCAGACAGACCGGCGCCUUGUGACUGGGACGCGUACCGCAGUGCCAAACCCAAUCCGCAAAUCCUUUACGGUGCCCUGGUCAGUGGCCCGGACGAGAACGACAACUACAAGGACAUACGCGAAGAGUACAUCUACAACGAGGUGACUUUGGACUACAAUGCCGGGUUUCAAUCUGCCGUUGCCGGACUUAGGCACCAGGAGCUGGUGGAUCAGAACCGACGGUUGACGGCAGCUAACCAGGCGGGUUGGGAUGCUGUGCACGGGCGCGCCUGACCGGUCGUAUCGACUCGCAGCAACAGCCGGCACGCCACGUCGCCGUCCAAGCCCGUACAAACGAUUCUUAUAUUAUGUGUGUUGUGUAUUAUUUUCUAUGUAUUAUGUUUGUCGUCGGUCAACGGGCGAAUGCCGCGGCACGGCAGUUGUGCUAAGUAAGUUUAAACGGUUAGUACAUACCUAUACGUAUACACCUAGCUCUUAUACCUCAACAAAGAAAACCGACCGUGCCGGUCAAGUAAGAUAAGUUCCAGUUGUAUCCCUAACCUCAUACUCAAGAAAUCCAAACUUAAUAGUAGAACGUUACAUAGUUACAUGUUACUGACCUCUGACGAUAAUACAAAUAAUAAUUUAUAUUAGUAUUAGAUCUGCAUAUUAUUACAUAUUACACAUUACUUAUUGCACGUACAAUACACCUAUUAUUAUAGCUGAUAUACUUCUAUAUUGCCGGUCUAUAAUGUCUGUAAAUACAUUAAUAUACGAAUAUUGUUAAAGAUAUAUUUUAUUGGUCAAGAAACGACGGUUUCAAUUAUUUACUUAAACUCAUUAAAAUUGAUACCAAGCCCAAUAACCAUAGAUAUUUAUAUUGUUCUACAUGUCUCAAUUAUGUGAGCAUAGCCUUGAAUGAAUGUGGCAACUUUCAUAGGAUUGGCUUAUUUUUUUAACUCAAAGUUCAAAAAAUAUUUUCCUAUUCCAUAUCUAAAAUUUGCUUUAGCACUCUUCGCAUAGUUUAUUUUUCCUUUUUAACUAUAAAUAUGUCAAAUUCGUAAAAUAAACUAGCAAAUCCAUCAAUAAUGUAUGUUGAAAUAGUUAGUCCUUUUUUCUUAUAAUUAAGACGCUAAUAAAAUAAAAAAUAUGAACAGACAAUUACAAACAGAUUUAAUUAAAUUAACAGACAUGUGUCCAAAAAAAUUAUGUUAUGUUAUCAUGUAACGGAGAUUAUUAUUAUCCGCUCUAUUGAAGAUUAACAUCACAUAUUAUUAUGUUAUAGUAUUUUUUAAAGUACCUACUCUAUUUGUAAUUAAAUACAAUUUAAUCUGUCUGCUCUUCAAAACGACUUAAAGACCAAACACUGGAUGGCCCAAGCGUGUGACUAGUGCAGUACCUCUUUCUGACUAAAUGACUAUUAACGAUUGUAUACAAUUUUAAAAUCAAAAUUAUGAUUGUGACGCGAUCAAUAGAUUUAUGAAAACCACACCGCAACUCAAACCUAUCCCUAAAACUCUUAAGAUUAAUACUAUUACUAUUCCUAGAAUCGAUAAAUAUAUUUUUAAAAAUAUUAUUUAUUUAAACUCUAAAUACACGUCUUGUAACUUUACAAUUAUUGUAUUGUAACCUAACGGCUUAUUCUGCCAAGGGAUUUUUUUCAAUAGAACAAAUAUUCAGUUAGUUUUUUCAUAUUA